AUGAGAAGAGAGGCUUCUUCGCAAAAAGGGGGAGAACUAGAGGUAAGCUUAAACAAUCUAUAUCAGACGGGCUUCAUGAAGAAAACUAAAGAAGUUGAUUCGAUCAAGUUAAAAAAGAAAACUCUAGAUGAAAAAUUCAAGAAUACCAAGGAAGUCAAGACUGGUCGGAGGGAUAAUGUAUCUUCAAGUUCAGGAAAGGGUAAAGUCAACAUCGUUUCUGAAAAAGUUACUGAGGAAGAUCCGACGUUGGCUCAAAAGGAAAAGUUGUAA